AUGGAAUAUAGUAUGUGGACUUGCUCUCAAAGUGCUCCUGAUGAAGACCUGCUUGCAAAUUUGCAGUCAUUACAGAAUCAGCUGAGGAGAACUGAAAAAAACCUACAGACAGUAGAGGAAGAGCUUUCCAGCACAAGUGAACAUUAUGGCCACUGCGUGGAUGAGGUUGAAGACUUCAUUCUGGAGGACCUCGUUCAGCUGAAUUGCAACUACCAAGGCUUUUCCAACAGUAUGAAGAAUGCUGGUAAAACACCUUGCCAGGAUUUUCAAAGAAAAUCCCAACCUUACUCAGUGGCCACCACUUCUGAUAAAACUGUGGAAGAAAACGAAUGUCUUAAGGAGCAGCUGAAUGCCCUUUGUGAGCAAAAUGCAUCUUUGACUUCUCAAAACCACUACCUAAAGAACAGAGUGGAAAUGAUGAACUUUGAAUUGGUGCAGUCAAAAACAAGAAUUUCUUACCUUGAAUCGACUUUGGGUGUAGGUUUAGACAGUAUUCCAAAGUUGAAAGAACAGAUUGUAAACUUGGAAGCAGAAGUUUCAGCUCAAGGCAAAAUUCUGAGAGAUGCAGAAAAUGAACUAGAUCAAAGCCAGAAGAUGGGCAUGGAAAGAGAAAACAUGUUGCAAAGAUAUAAAAAGGACUAUAAAAAUAUGAAGAUGGAGUUAAUUGAACAAACAAAGCAAGGAAAAAGAGCAGAACAGCAAAGAAAUGAAGCUUUGUUGAAUGCAGAGGAGCUGACAAGAGCUUUCAAGAAAUAUAAAGAGAAAAUGACUGAAAAACUACAAAGGGUUAAAGCUGAAGUAGUCAUCUUGGGAAAACGUCUCAUUAGUUGUGAAAAAGAAAAAGAGAAGUUGAAUGAAGACUGUAUCAGCUACAGAAAGGAUCUAGAUGUCCUGGAAGCGCAAUUAAGGCAACUAAAGGAAGAGAAUCAUAGCACAAAAGAAGAAAUUAAGACUCUAGAGGCAAAGAACACUGAAAUGUUCUCAAUGCUGACUCGUUCUGAUCAAAAGAUCAUUGAGCUUGAGAAUGAACUUAGUGAAAAGCAAACGGUACUUCAAGAGAAAAAUGCUGUCAUAGGUGAAAAUGCAGAGCUGAGAGCACUUACUACACAGCAACAAAACUGCUUGAAAUUAUGCCACCAAGAAAUUGAAGACUCAAGGGAAGAGCUCCACAUACUCGAAACUAUUAUUUCCCAACUGUCUCUAAGCACACCAGAAGAGUUUAAAUGGCACCAUGUGAAACGCCAGCUAGCCAGUUCCUCAACAAAAGAAGUUCUUUCUGAAUCCUGUGAAUUGAUUAAACCUUUGACUGCAGACCUAAGCACUAAACUGGCAAUGAAAGAAGCAGAAGUUCAAAAGCCUUGUGCGAACUUAACUCUCUGUACUGGAGCUAAGCACCUUUCUAAUGAUCAUGAAGACCAAGAAAAUUGCAGGUUUUGUGACCUGGAAACAGAACCUGUCAAAUUGGUCAGAAGUGAAGGAGAGAGGAGAAGAUGUCAGCAGUUGGAACUUAUAAGCAAACAAUUUGAAAAGGAGAGGCGAAGAUACCAUAAAGAGAUAAAAGAGUUACAAACUAAAUUGACAAAAGCAGAUGAUGAGAAUUCUUCUUUGAAGACCAGCAUGGCUCAGAGAGCCAGCCAGUUUCAAAUCAUACAGGAAGACCUAUUGAAGAAGGCUUCAAAAAGUAGUAGCUUAGAGAGAGAAAUAACAAAGAAAUCUUCUCAACUUUCUGCACUUGAGGAACAGUUGGAAGAAAAGACUAUUGCUUAUUCCACUGCUGCAGCGAGAAAUACUGAGUUGGAACAGGAACUCAUGAGAAAAAACAGACGCAUUCAUGAGUUGGAAACAAUUAUCAGUGAAGAACGUGAGCAAAUAACUUCGGCUUUUGAAAAAGAAAAGUUGGUUCACCUUGAGCAGCACAAAAAGAUGGAGAAACAGAUUGAACUAUGUUAUUUACAGGAAGAAAUAAAACUAAAAGAUCAGAAUAUUCAGGACAAAAGUGAACAAAACAUUCGCCUACAAGAGAGUUUGCAUCAUCUGCUGGAAGUGUUGCAGCAAGAAACUAUUAGAAAUGAGGAGCUGGAAGAUAAUGAAAUGAAACUUGAAAACCAGGUAUCCAGUUUGGCAAAAGAGCUUCAGAAACAGAAAGCAUGUGCAGAGGAUGAGUUAAGAAAGGUAGAGGAGAAACUUCGCCUAGCUGCCCAGGAAGCAGAUUUAAACAGGCAGAAGGUGGAUGAACUUAACAGUACAAUCAGACAAAGUAAGUCGGAGAUGGAUGAGUUCAAGAAUGAACUUACUGGCAUAGAAAAAGAAGUGAUGCAAUUAAGGCGAGAUGGUGAAGACAAAACAAUGCAGAUAAAUCAGUUGGAUAUGGCUUUGGAAGAAGCACGAUCCAAGCUCGAUGAAAAGGCAAAUGAGGUGAAUGAUUUAAAAAAUAAAUUGCUUCAAAAUGAGACUCGCCAUGGGGAAACCUUACAGAAAAUAGCAGAGUUAGAAUCUGCAUUGCAGGAUGCUGAUGGAGAAUUAAAAAUCACUUCAACACGGCUUCAGGAAUUGCAAGAUGCAUUACAGAAUGCCCAGUCCUCUCUGGAAGAGAAGCAUCUUGCCAUCAUGGAUCUAACAACUGAGCUCAGGUAUUGCAGGGAAGAAAUUGAAGACAAAACCCAAGAACUCCUUAACAUGGACCAAGCGUUGAAAGAAAGGACUUGGGAAGUGAAACAAAGAGCAGCUCAGAUUACACAGUUGGAUAUGACAGUUCAUGAACAUAGGGGAGAAAUGGAGCAACAAAUAAUUCAAUUAGAGUGCAAUUUGGAGAAGUCUGAGUUAGAAAUUAAGGAAUGCAAUAAACAGAUUGAGAGCUUGGAGAAGAAACUCAAGCAUUUUAAAGAUGAGCUUCGUGAAAAAGAGUUUGCAUUGCUCCAGAGAGAUCAAGAAAUAAAUCAGCUGAAGAAAAAAAUAGAAAGAAAACCACCAAGCCUAGAAGCUCUUGCGAAGGAUAAGAUGUCAGAUAAGUCUUUCUGUGUACUCACCAAACGCAUUUAG